GCUGACAGCUUGAUGCCUGCGCUGUGGAGGUCCAGCUGAGCCGCUAUGCGCAGCAUGGGCACCGGGGAUUACAUCUGCGUAACGCUGCGCGGUGGUGCGCCCUGGGGGUUCACUUUGCGUCAGGGAGAGGGGGACACCUACAGACCUUUUCACGUUAUCCAGGUAGAGGAGGGAGGUCGUGCUUCCCUGGCUGGAGUGCGGGAUGGUGAUGAGGUGGUGUCACUCAACGGGGAGCCAUGUGCUGAUCUUACCCUCACACAGGCCUUUAAUCUCAUUGACGCAUCGACCGACUGCCUGCAGCUACUUGUCAAAAGAUACUGCUCCAUCAUCCCUGGAGACUUUGAAUCAGAAGGAACCUACUGUGGUGCGAGGACAUCUCCUGAUGAGGCUUUGGAGAGUACCACCCUCCACAUCCUGUCCUCUAAACACAGGUCCCAAGGCCCUAGGGAGCUCUACAUAUCUGAGUCCCAGGAUGAAGCUUACUAUGGGGAGGUGGAAAGCGACACAGAGUUCCCCAAGGGACCCCAGCUGCUUUGCACCCAGCUACAAGUGCCUAGAUCUGGUAAUGCCAAAGGCUUGCAACCACAUUACCUGGAAAAGGUUGAGGGGGAACAACGGAGCUUCUCGCCUGGGGCCAUGGUAGAGCUCCAGGUGUCCCUGUCUGAGCAAACAUUGGAGGAUAUUGGCUGCACCUCUCUUGGGAGUGCUCGUGGGAUCGAGGGGGGACUGUCGAGCAGAGAGAAUGCUGAGUCCGUCCACACCACCACUCAUUCACUCUAUGUUCCAUGCUCAGUAAGAAAGCCACUUGGCCAGCAUGGGGUGGUGCUCAGGUCCCCCUCAAUGCUGGGGCAAGUAGAGGUCACUCUACAGCACCCAGCAACAUCAGGCACAGGAACAGGGAGGGGCAUUCUGACUGUGGGUGGUGGGGUGGGUGGCCCCAGGGCCAGUGGAAGUGUUGGAUCCCAAGGGGAAGAAGGGGGAGGGCACAGUGAGGGAGCUCCUGAAUCUUUUGCUGUCUCGUUUGGAGUUCCCUCAGAGGAGGCGGCACCGGCUGGGGAGUGGGACUCAGAUUCUGAGGGGGAUCAAGGCAAACCCAAUAAGCACCGGGCAAGGCACGCCAGGCUCAGGCGCAGUGAGAGUCUGUCUGAGAAGCAGGUGAAGGAGGCAAAGUCCAAAUGUAAACGUAUUGCUCUCCUUCUGACGGCUGCUCCGCCCAACCCCAACAACAAGGGGGUGUUGAUGUUCAAGAAACAUCGGCAGAGGGCCAAGAAAUACACACUUGUGAGCUACGGCACAGGAGAGAACGAACCAGAAUACGAGGACGAGGAGGACGAGGAAGACGAAGACAACAAAAAAGAUACCCACACUGUCGAAUUUACCCUUGUCGCCACUAGCGAUUCAGAACUUGAUGAAAAUUUCUUCACUAAUGCCCAGGGUGACAAAGGUGUGAUAACCCUCAACUGGGACAAGGGACUCCUUGAAAUCGAACGCAAGUUGAACAGCCAGGAAGAAAUGGAAUGUUUGCCGGAAACCAAGGGCAAAGGUGCCCUAAUGUUUGCUCAACGGCGGCAGAGGGUGGAUGAGAUUUCUGCUCAACAUGAGGAGCUAAGGAGGCAGGGGAUUGCUGUGGAAGGGGUGCAGAUUGCUGAAAAGAGAAUGGAGGAGCAAUCUUACAUGCAGGGCACAACAGAGGGCCAUGCAUACAUGGACGUGAAUAUGCACCAACAAAGCCAGCAACAACAAUACCAGCAGUACCAAGAACAACAGUACUAUGAGCAACACCAGCACUAUCAGCAGCAACACCAACAACAGUAUCAGCAGCAGAAACAGUAUGAGCAACAGAAUUAUCAGCAGCAAAUGUAUCAACAACAACAACAAGGGUAUCAGCAGCAGCAACAGCAAUUUCAGCAGUUUUCUUCAAACAUGAAUGGAAUAGUCCACCACCAAACCAGUGAGGUGCAGAGUUCUUUUAACAAUCGUACUGCCAAACCUUUCUCAGUACAAAAUAUGGUGCCUACACCCUAUGCUCCUGCAAUUAGUGGGACCAACCAAGAUGCUGUGGGCCAAGGAGAGCAAAUAGCUUCCCGUGAUGAGCGCAUCUCUACACCUGCUAUCAAGACUGGCCUUUUGCAGGAUACAAGGAGAAGAAAUACUGGCAAGCCAAUGUUCACAUUCAAGGAGGCACCUAAAGUAUCACCUAACCCAGAGUUGCUGAACCUUCUCAACAAGAGUGACAAGAAAGGUUUUGAGUCAGGACCUGAGGAAGACUACCUCAGCCUGGGAGCAGAGGCCUGCAAUUUCCUCCAGUCCCCAAGAGUUAAACACAAAACCCCUCCACCAGUGGCUCCAAAGCCUAUGAUCAAUCCCAACUGUCCUCCUUGGUCCUCACAGAUUGUAGAAACCAACCAGGACAUGCCUCAGCAUGCUGAAAAUAGUGUAUCCACACCUGCUGUGGCCCCCACCGCAGAGACUACCCCUGCGCCAGAGCUACAGCCAACCCCUGCACCUGCCCCUGAGCCGUCUCCCCCUCCUGCUCCCCAGGAAGCUCCUGCCAACACCCCUUCAGAGGAACAGCAUACAUGGGCUGUCCCAGAGCCUCAGAUACAUCAACAGCCGCAGCAAGUGGCAACGUGGGAGGAAAAUGGCCACACUAAUUCUCCCCCACAGCCUGAACCUGCCCCUGUUAGCUCUUGGGCUCCAGCACAAACACAAACUCCACAGCAGUCUUCUUCUCGCUCCUGGGAUCCAGCUAAAGUGCAGCCCCAGGAGGCAGCUCCAAAUCAAUCCUCGCCACCACCUUCUUGGAUGUCACAUGCACAACCUAUUCAGCCCCAAGCACAGCCUCAACCUCCUAUGAAUACUUGGGCCCCUCCUUCAGGUCAGCCUCAAGGUCAGCCAUCAUGGGGCCACCCUCAAGAGCAAGCACAAUCCCAGACACAUGUUCAGCCACCCUGGGCCCAGCCUCAAGAGCAACCACAGUCUCAGCCUCAAGGCCAGCAAUCAUGGGGCCAGCCUCAUGAACAAACACAAUCCCAGACACAUGUUCAGCCCUGGGCCCAGCCUCAAGAGCAACCGCAGUCUCAGCCCCAAGUUCAGCCACCUUGGGCUCAGCCUCACGAACAGCCACAGCCCCAACAAAUUCAGCCUCCCUGGGCUCAACCUCAAGAGCCAAUGCAACAGCAGUCCCAGCCUCUGUGGGCACAGCAGUCUCCAACAGACUCUCAGCCUCAACCACCAUGGGUUCAGCAGCCUCAGCAAAAAUCCCAAACACAACCGCCUUGGGUACAACAGGUUCAUCCAGAGUCCCAGCCACAGCCACCCUGGGUUCAACAAUCACACCAUCAGGCUCCACAACAAACAUGGCCUCAGUCCCAAGCACAGGGGCAGCCUCAACCACCUUGGGUUUCAUCGCCUCAGCCUCAGCAGCAGGCUCCAGUGAAUGAAUGGCCUCAGUCACCAACCCAAGCUCAACCUCAGCCCCCUUGGGUACAAGCAGCCCAAGCACAACCUCCAGUCAGGCCUCAAGCCACUUUAAAUCCAUGGGCCCCAGUAACAGCCCACGCUCAGCCCCAACCAUCCUGGACCCAGCCGCCUCCAGAACAUGCUCAGCACCCCAUGAAUUCCACUGCCCCACAGCAGAAUCAAGCCCAACCUCAGCCACCUUGGGCUCAAUCGAUUCCAAGCCAGUCUGCACCACAACCAAACUGGCAGCAGCCCCCUCCACAGCAACAAACUGCACCACAGCCACUAGUGAAUGCAUGGUCUCCAGCUCAGGCACAGCCCCAAGCACCUGUGAAUGUCUGGACUUCACAGUCACCACAAACACCUGCGAAUGUUUCAGCUGCAAUGGUGAAUGUCAGAGUGGCUCAGCCUUCUCCAAAACCUUGGCAACCUGCACAAACUGCACCACCUCACAGGACCCCUCCACCUCCCCCACAGCGAAUGACCUCCUACACCUUCAAUCGCAGAUCUUCAUCACCUGUCAUCAACCCAAUGGCCACUGUCUUAAAUCCAUCUUCAGCAGGGUCAGCUUUUGAGAUGCCAGCUGUCAGAGGGAAAGGAGCUGAUCUAUUUGCCAAGAGGCAGUCCCGCAUGGAAAAGUUUAUUGUGGAUUCUGAAACUGUGCAAGCAAAUAAGACAAGCCGCUCUACAUCGCCAACCGCUUCCUUACCAAAUGAAUGGAAGUAUUCCCCGAAUGCACUUGGCCGGAGCUACUCCCUUUCCCCACCCGCCAGAGCACCAUGCACGAGCCAAAAGUCAGCAUCGGCUUCCUCUUCCCCCAGACCUUCAGCUCGGGCCUCCAUAGCUGUCCAAGAACGGCAGACAUCCUGGAUGGAGAGGAGCUACAAACCCCCCACGCCCUGGGAGGCUGCCUCUCGCCAUCCCCUGGGCCUGGUGGAUGAAGCCUUUGCUUUCCAGAACCUCCAGCAUGCUAUUGCCUCAAAUGUCCGCUUGGCAGCCCAGCGCAAAAUGCUCCCGGAGCCACCAGUGGAGUGGAAGGCCAGAGUGUCCUACCAAGCCCCCCAGAAAACUGGCAGCCAGACUUGGAGCCAGAGCCAAAGUCGCAGUCAGAGUCGAGUCCCGCUGCCAUCAUUUGUUUCCCCAACCAAGAGCACUGUCUGCGCCCCUGUCAGUCCUGCUGGUUACAGGUCCCUGCCCAGACAGUGGCAGCCUCACAGGUCCAUGACAGACACGAACCUCAAGCACCCAAUGUCCUCCUCUGAGUAUAAGAAGCCCUUGGGAAAGCCGACAUACAAGGCUGUGUACACCAGCAACACCACCUGGAGCUGGAAGCAAUAGAGCACAUCUCAGCAUGUUGAUCAGCUGAUGAGAAUGAGAUACAAAGAUACAAUAACAGGCCAUCAUGUUGAAUGAAGAAAGUACGCUGAUGUUUGAUGAAAAAUGGUGAACCUUCUGUUUUUUGAAAUGCCACUUUAAUCUUUAAAAUUGCUUUCUACUCUAUGCUGUUAGAUUUAAAGUAUAAUAGGAUUUAGUUGGAAUCAUUUACUAUGCAUGCCACACUCAAAUGUGGCCAAUAAGGAUAAUUCUUACUGUACAUGGAGACUUAUAAUUUACUUCAGAACAUUUAAUGCACAACUUUUGUUUUUGUCCGGCAGUGUAAUUUCUGUUUUUUUGUUUUGGUAAGUACAGUGGAGUAUAUUUCUUCAGAGAAGGCAACAAGUAUGUGGUUAAGAAGAGACGUGCAAAUGCACAUAUAUAGAUCAAAACAAGUGGGAUAUGUGAAAGAUUUGUGGUCAGUGAUUUUAUAGAUAUGCAAAGAUUGUAAAUGUUGACGUUUGUUUGAGAUACAGUCCAGUUCACUUCUCACAUAGACCAAAUAAAACAGGAAUGAAAAGGAUUAUCUCAAUAAAUAAGAAAUUUAUACAACAUUUAUGUGAGAAUGCUAGGAGAAGGCAGUGACCUACCCAUCGCAGUUGCAAUAGAAGAAUGUUUUGAUUUUUUUAAGUCUAAUUUAUCAGUUUGUGGGUUUGCAGUUCAUCCACCUUUGGAUGUAUUUAGCAUGCUGGUUCUAGUGGUGAUUGUGCACUUUUUGUUUGUUUGUAGGUUGGUUUGUUGUUUUCAUUUUUAAUCCGUGAAACUUGAGGAUGGGUAAGUGAAAGAUUGUCAUGUUUUCAGAUAAAGCUUUAUCUGUGAUCAGGAAACCAUCGAGCUGCCAGAACACAACCAGUGAUGUGUUAUGGGUAUAAAUGAGGCCUAAAACUUGGGAAAAGGCUCAUUCCAUAACUCAGCACAUUGUGGGUGGACACUUGUGCAAAUGUGCAACUCCAAUCAGAAAGAUUAAUUAAACCUUUUGGCGACUGCAUUUUUAUUUAGUACAUUUGCAUGUGGCUGAUAAUGGACGAUAAAUAGAGAGAGGGGAGACUUGAAAACUAAAAUGGGGCAACUUUUCUCCCAGUUGAAUGUUUUACUAGAUUAAACUCUGGGCACCUGGAAAAAUUACCCUGGUAGUAAAUAAUCCAGUCAUCACAGUUUAGCCUGCUGUAUAUUAAAGAGUGAGAUAUGUAUGUUUUUUAUUAAUUAGUAGUAGAAAGGCUAGUGAGUCGUGCUGUUCGUUGGGUGGUUUCCAGAAUGAAGAGCGUAUUUCCAAGGAAGUUGCUGUUUCCAAAAACAAAUGACUGUUUUAGUUUUUCAUAUGUACAAUGUUAUAGAUGAAGAAAACUGCAUACAAUGUGUAACCUAUUAGGCCUAUGUUGCAUUAUUUUGUUUCAGGAUUAUGCUAUAGACUGCUGAUUUACAAUCAUCUCCAAAGACUGAAGAUUAAAUCUAGUUUGGCAUUUUGGCAUUUUGGCAGUGUAUGUAAUGUCCUAAUCUGAUUCUCACCAAGCAAUCUUCUGAGCACAAAACUGAUAUUUAGCACGCAGUAUUGUGUUGUGUAUCAGCCGACUUGUUGAGCACCCUGAGGAUACUGCAGGAUAAACACUGACAGCCUGUCUUUGUUUGUUAAGCUGUUGGUCGUGAUGCAAGUGAGCAAUUUCUGUUCCAGUCUAAUUUUGAUUUUGAUUGACAUCAAGCAUUUAGACAAAUAAAUAUAAUUACAUCGCUUUAUUACACAGAUUGUAGUGUGUGUUUGACUCUUUGAUCUGUAAUCCAAGCAUGAAAUACUCUGCUUUGGACCAUUUGUUGCUUGCUGUGCCAUCCCAUGAAGCUUUUUGUAUGAUGUGUUGUCUUGAAGAGUCACUUGCUCUGUAUCCACAGGAGGGGGUUGGGAAACGAUUGUGGGGACUUGUCUCCAUGGAGACAGUUACAUAACAACAGUGGGUACCUACUGUAGCUUAACUAUGAUAGAUUGGGAGACAAAGACAGACAGAGAGAGAGAUACUUUAGGCAGAUAUUAUUGCACUACCAAUUUAUAAUACUCUAUCAUAUGUUUUAUUCAAAUAUCAUGAAAAGUGGAUAGUGUACAUAUAAAUAUGAAUGAUGCAUCAUAAAGUGUGACACUGAUGGCUUGCAAAUAAAUU